AUGAUAAAGCCCCAACUAUUGUAAAUUUGUUCAGUUGAUUCCUUUUUCAAUAAUCAUACUCCUUUAUUCCAAAAAUUUGGUCCUGAUUAAUUUAUAGCCUAAUAUUCAAGCGAAUUUUAAAUUAGCAAUCAAAGCAGGUUAAUAAUCAAAUAGUUGUCUAUCUGCCAAAAUUUUAUUAAAUUAGGAGAGGAUAAAUAUAUAAAUUUGACAAAUGUGUGUAUGUAGAAAAUAGUUCAUCCAAAAACAGGAUUGCUUGGAGUGAAGCUUAGUAAAAAUGGUGUAAGUUUUGAGAUGUUUGGUUAAUUGGAUGAAUGGAUAGGUACAAUGAUGAAAUACACGAUAUAAUUAGAAUUUGGUUAAAAGUAUUAACUGUUUAGCAAAAUAGGAGAGGGAUACUCAACAAUAGUUUAUAAAGCAAGGGAUAAAUCAAGCAGACAGGAAUUUGCUGUUAAAAUAUAUGAUAAAAAAAGAUUGUUGACUAAUAAUUAUGAAUCUAAGAAAUUUCUAAAAGAGUUGAAAAUUAUUCGAUAACUUGAACAUCCAAAUCUACUACAUUUUUAUGAAGUUUUUGAAAGCAAUAAUCACAUUUACUUGAUAGAGGAUUACUUAAAAGGGCAGCAGCUAUCACAAUUUUACUAAAAUUCAGAACCACUUAAGGAAGAGUAAGUUUUGAUUGUCAUAAAGCCUUUGUUUUAAGCAGUCUAGUAUCUCCACGAUCUCAACAUUUACCAUAAAUAAAUUUGUACCUCUAACAUUAUGCUUAAGUCAAAACACGAUUUAUCUAAUCCGUGCUUGAUAGGGUUCACUCAAGCAGAACAGUACUCGAAUCCUGAACAAGAUGAUUAUCAAUAUUCGUAAGUAAAUAUAGAGAGGCAGAAAUAAUAUUAUAUCAAACUUGAUGUCCUUGCUUUGGGAAUUGUGAUGCAUAAUUUAUUGACAGGAAAUCAACAAAAUUUUGAUUAGGCUCUUGAUGAAGCUAUGAUGAAUAAAUUUAAAGGAACGAGAGAUUUUUAAUUUAUUGAUCCUCCUUUAUCAGACUCAUGUUUUGAUUUUUUGAAUUUAAUUUUUAAUCAAGGGUCUAAGUUUCGAACAUGUCAAUAGUUAUUAGCACAUCCAUUUUUCGAUUAGGAAGGUUAAAAGUCUAAUAGAAAUAUUUCGAUAUAAUUUUUAGGAGCACUUAAUCCAAAUUAGACUUAGUUUAGAAUUAGAUCAAAAUAAUCAUAAAGAUCUCCCAAAGCUUCAAAGGAAGUUUAAGUUAUUCCAGUUAGAAAAUAAUUCAAUAUAAUAUCAAAGAGUCCUUAGGAAAAGCCUAAUUUAAAUAGUGAUUAUUUUGAACCUCCAGUAACUCAUUUGAUGUUUCGAAGAGGGAGUAGAUAAAAGAGAACUUUAAAUUUUAAUAAUCAUCACGAUACAAGUAAUGAUUCAACAAAUUGA